CCCACGCUCGAUCUCACGCGCGCAACGAAACGCCCAACCACAGCCCUUUCCCGCCUCCGCCCGCACACGUACUCUACAGAAUGGAAGGUACGGAUCCACCGACGCUGCCGCCGCAGAUGUUUACGACUUCGGCGCAAUUGCUGGAUCUUACCGAUAAGAAAUUGAUGAUCACUCUGCGGGAUGGAAAGAAGAUGAUUGGGGUUUUGAGGGCGUGGGAUCAGGCAAAUCUCGUCAUACAGAACACCACGGAGCGCAUAUUCGCGGGCGGAAUGUACUGCGACAUUCCGCGGGGCAUCUACAUCGUGCGUGGCGAGAACGUGUUGUUGCUCGGUGAGAUCGAUCUGGACCGCGAAGACGAUAUUGCCAUUCCGUGCCGCUCGAGGGAGGAGUUGCUGCCACUGCAGAAUUUGGAGGCGGCCGAGACGAAACGGAGGGAUCGCGUUCACCGGAAGAAGCUUAGGGCGCUCGGGUUUGAAGAUGAGGGAGAGAUUCUACACUAGGAGUGUUGAGUCUCGAUACCUGGAAGGGCUGGGAUGUCGCGGGUUCUUAUGGAGAGGUGAUGGAAUUGGAUGCGACGAUGGAUGGACUUCUGGCCUUGUUAUAUCUACCCAAGGCACAGAUCCCGAAGAUGCUAAAGUUGACGGCGGUGGGGGGGUUUGUUCUUGCUUGCGUUCGUUAUAUCAUUCAUGGGCUCAAAAUAAACGGAGUUUAU